AUGUUGAAAGGAGGGUCUGAAGUAAUUCAUCAAAAUGGUGCUCUUGAUCAUAUUAUACAACAAUCCAAUGAACAAUGGGAUUAUGCUAGUUUUGUUGGUUUUCCUGGAAUUACCUCUGCCCCUAGUUAUCCCUCUAAGCCAAUCACCGAAAAUCGCGGCAAUAAUCCUGAAAGAAAUGAACUUUCCCGGUGGGUUGAGCAUGUGACAAGGCAACUUAUUGAAGAUUUGCCAGAAAAUGAAACCCAAGCCAUGACAUAUCAGGACAACAUUGUCCCUGCACUAUUGGGAGAGUUGAGGCCUAAAAAAGUUGCGCGAAGAAACUCUUCUGAGAACCUUGGACAACAACAUCAAUGGAACUCUCAUGAUCUCGCGACAGAUGAAAAUAAUAUGAACAGAAAUGAGACGGGAGCUAAAGGAAUGAAUGGACUAGAUGAUCAAGGAUUAAACUUGAUAACUCAUCUUUUGGAAUGUGCAGUUGCUAUAUCAGUAGAUAACUUGGGAGAAGCUCAUAGAAUGUUGCUUGAGCUAACACAAAUGGCAUCCCCCUAUGGACCAUCUUGUGCUGAGAGAGUAGUGGCUUACUUUGCAAAAGCAAUGGCUAGUAGAGUCAUCAAUUCAUGGCUAGGAAUAUGUUCUCCUUUGAUCAAUUACAAGAGUAUCCAUUGUGCAUUUCAAGUCUUUAACAACAUCUCACCAUUCAUAAAAUUUGCACAUUUCACAUCCAACCAAGCAAUUCUUGAAGCAUUCCAUCGUCGAGACAGAGUCCAUAUCAUCGAUGUGGAUAUCAUGCAAGGUCUACAAUGGCCGGCUCUGUUUCAUAUCCUCGCCACUCGGAUAGAAGGUCCUUCACAUGUUACAAUGACAGGAAUGGGGACAUCAAUGGAACUCUUGGUUGAGACAGGGAAACAGCUUUCCUGUUUCGCCAAACGCCUUGGCAUGUCCUUUGAGUUCCAUCCAAUUGGGAAGAAAAUAGGGGAGAUUGAUAUAUCCAUGUUGCAAAUUAGGAGAGGAGAGGCUAUAGCCAUACAUUGGCUACAACAUUCCUUGUAUGAUGCCACUGGCCCUGAUUGGAAAACAAUGAGACUUCUCCAAGAACUAUCGCCAAGAGUUAUCACACUAGUCGAACAAGAAAUACCACUAGGGGGUAGUUUCUUGGAUCGAUUCGUGGGAUCCCUCCAUUACUACUCCACGAUAUUCGACUCGUUGGGAGCUUUCUUGCAAAGUGAUGAUUCGAGCAGGCAUAGUGUUGAACAUGGCCUGCUUUACAGAGAAAUCAAUAACAUAUUAGCCAUUGGAGGGCCAGCAAGAAAUGGGGAGGAUAAAUUUAAGCAUUGGAGAAGUGAACUGUCAAGAAAUGGGUUCAUGCAAGUGCCAAUGAGUACAAAUGCAAUGGCUCAAGCUCAAUUGAUAUUGAAUAUGUUCCCACCAGUUCAUGGUUAUAGCUUAGUGCAAGGUGAUGGAACAUUAAAGUUAGGGUGGAAGGAUACUAGUUUGUAUACUGCAUCUGCAUCUGCAUGGACUUCUCCAAAUUCUAGAUAG